CUCCUCCUCCUCCUUCUCCAUCUCUUUCUUCUCCUUCUUCUUCUUCUUCUCCCUUUCCUUUUACCUUUUCCUCUUAGAGUAGGGAUGGUACCCCUACUUGCGAGAACACGGACUUCUGGCCACCAGAACCCAUUAAUUACCCCCUUCAUUGUCGUAUUGGGCAGCCACGUUAGUGCCUAACCACGCAUCAAGCACACGACAACCUAAAUAAAAUGACCUCCCGCGACCCUUACGAGCAAUGGUGCCAGGGAGCCAGGGAAGGGUGGUGAAGAGUACCGCGUCAGCUCCAAGCCUUGGGGCCACCACCCUCUCUCACUCUUCUCAGUCGUUCAUUCAUUCGCGGUCACUUCCUCUUCUCCCACCCUUUCUCGUGUAUUCCCUCCUCUUCUCCAUCCAUCUAUCUAUCUAUCUCUCAAAAUUUCCCUUGUAACGUCCCAUCGACCCACCAUUUCCUCCUGCACUGCCUCCACUGUAUGCCUCCAGGGAAAGGAAUGUAAGCCCCCAGCUUCCCCCAUCAAAGAACAGAGUAAUUAGAAUAGUGAACCAGAACAAACCAAACCAAAAUAGUCAACAGAAGCGAAGCUGGUGUAUGGAAUCGGGCCCUGACGCUCCUGAAGGCGGGGUAGAAGGCCCCUCGUCCACCACCGUCGCUGCCGCCGGCGACGCAACCUCACAAGCAGCCGGGGAACACCAGACUCGAGCUUCUCAACCUGCUCCACCUCAGCCCCAAGCUCAACCACAGCAGCCGCAGCAGCAGCUGAGUCGAUACGAGUCGCAGAAGAGAAGGGACUGGAAUACUUUUCUGCAGUACCUGAGGAACCACAAGCCACCGUUGACGCUGGCACGGUGCAGUGGAGCUCACGUUAUAGAGUUCUUGAAAUAUUUGGACCAGUUCGGGAAAACCAAAGUGCACUUGAGCGGGUGCGCCUACUUCGGCCAACCCAACCCCCCGGCGCCCUGCGCCUGCCCCUUGAAGCAGGCCUGGGGCUCGCUCGACGCGCUCAUCGGCCGCCUCCGCGCCGCCUACGAGGAGAACGGCGGCCGGCCCGAGUCCAACCCCUUCGGCGCCCGGGCGGUCAGGAUGUAUCUCCGUGAAGUCAGAGAGAGCCAGGCCAAGGCCAGAGGGAUCCCGUACGAGAAGAAGAAGCGGAAGCGGGUGCCGCAGACCACCGCCGGGGCUUCUUCCUCCGCCACUGCCGGUGGAGGAGGUGCGGAGGGGUCGUCUGGAGGUGGAGGAGAGACUUCUGCGUCUACUGCUGCUACUGCUGCUGCUUCUGCUGCUGGCGUGAGUGCUAGUGGGAGCAGUGGUGGUGGUGGUGGUGGUGGUGGUGGGAGUAGUUCGGGGGCGGGGGAGGGAUCUGGUGCUCCGCCGCCCCCGCCAGGGAGUUCGGCCUCCACUUCCUGAGUAUAGAUUUCUCUCGUUUCCUUUCUAAUUUUACUUUGUUAUUGUUCUUAUUAUUAUUUGGUGGUUACGGGGUAGGGGAAUAUAGGACAUAAUAUUGAGGCAAUUUUCUCUAUUUCUCAUGAGGCUGAUGAAGGGGAAAAAAUUCCGAAAAAGAAAAAUCAACAAAAAAAAGAGAGUAAGUUCUCUGAUAUCUCCUCUCUAUCUAUCUAUCUAAUGGCGUGAACGGUGCUGACAGAUUGAUAUUCUUCUCA